AUGUCGUCUCCUUCUCCAACAGGAUCACCACGGUCUCCACAUUUUACAACAGAACGCAGAAGGUCAUCUGCUUCUAGUAAUGUGAAACCUAAAAGUAUUCUCAGAAACGCACCUCCACCUGGAGUAUACAACUCGAAUCCAGGUUCACCAUCAGUUGACUCGCCAGCUGCUUUCGAUAGACAAGCGGUACUAGAAAACACCCGUGCCAACGCCAAACUGAACAAUAUUGGAGCUGAGAUCAAACGUAGAAACACUCUGGAGUCAGGCGACCAGCUGACUGGAGAUUUGGACAGUUUGCAUAAUAACGAUCAUAACAACAACAGUAGCAACAGCACCACCAGUAGUAAUAGCAGUACAGCAGGUGUCGACCAAGACAGUGAACGAGCCAAACAAGAGCAUCUCAAAUGGGACGAGGCCAACCUGUACCUGACAGAACAAGAAAAGGCUGCUACUAUGAAGAUUACCGAGCCCAAGACCCCGUACCAAGGAGCAGUUGGCGACUCGGAAUACUAUCUUCCCGACGAAGAAGACGAUGUUGUCAAGACACGCGACAACCGCAUUCUGUCUGUAGACGAGCUUGACGGGUUCAGUCUCGGCGAAUCUGUGGCUCCACCAGCACAAGUCGCUACCCAGAACGAUCGCAUUCUGUACCGAGAAAACGACAGCAACGAUGCCGAAGACGAAGAUGACGAAGAUGAAGAUGACGAAGACGAAGAAGAAGAGGAAGAAGAGCUGACGCCUGAAGAGCGUCACAGACGGUUCGAAGAGCUCCGAAAAUCACACUACCACAUGAAAGCAGCAGCUCUACACACCUCUGUUCCCGCAGAAGACGACGAUGAGGACGACGAAAACUAG